AUGGCUGAUUCAGAUACGAUUGACGUGCAGAAGUUGCCCCAGAAUGCGCAAUUCAAAGCCAUGAUCGAGAAAGGCUGGGCGUGGGAGGUGGUCCCGAGCAUCAUUGACGAGCUGUUCCCAGGUUUCGCUUCAGUAGCCCAGAAGGCUUUAAACGCUCAGAACCACAUCGGCACGGAGGUCGGGGAGCCGGAGACCUGCAUGACAUUGGCGGCGAUUGCUAAUGACCCAGGGAUGCGCCAGGUUGAGGACGGCGUGGCGCGCUUGCUUGCGAAGAAUGACGUCACGAAGGUUGCUAGCAAGUCUAAGAUGGCUGAAGCAAAUACUGCUGAAAGCAUUCUUGGCGAAGCCAUGGAUAUCGCCAGGGGGCUUGAUGGCAUCGGUGCGGCGUUGCAGACAUUCGGGCAGCUAUUCGUGAGCCUCAGCGACCCCAAGGGUCAGACGGUAACGUUCGACGAGUGGUCUAAGCAUGCGGUCUCGAGCGGCGCUGCAGCCGCUGCCAAAGCGAAGCCGAGUGCAUCCAGCACGGCGGCGCUCAGCGACCAUAAAGACCCGACAUGGAUUGCCAAGAAGGCUGGGUAUUCGGUCGGGUGUCUAGUAGUCCAGAAGGACGUUGCAGCCCAGGGGCUUUACGCUAUCUUCAGCAUCGGCCAGACUGUCAAGCUUCGCGAAGCUGUUAACCACGACGCGAGCCGAGAUGCACACACGGCUGAUAUUACAUGUGAGGAUCUUCUUCAGAAGUGGUCAAUCUCUAAGGCUGCACUGUCAAACCAGAUGGAUGGUGAUCAGCAGCGCCCGCAGCAGCUGUACAUCAACAGGCAGAAGGCUGCGUUGUACCGAGCUCUCCUUGAGCUAGAUGCCAAGCACGUGGGCAAGCAUAAGCUGACGUUCUGGCGGAAGCCAGAUGGGGUGUGGACUACUAGCGCGAUCCAGCAGGGCCAGCUUACUUUGGUCCCAGCGGCACCACUCAUCAGCAUAAGUGCGACGAACAGUGGGUCUGGCAUUUCACUUGGCGAGCAUGCGAUUGACAAAGGCGCCCAGGUUCACUUUUUUGUGUUGCCUGUAUCUAAACCGCAAGACAAUGACACCAACACCCAGUUCGAUGAAGCCGCAUUGGUGGCUGCACACUGGUGGGUCGCGCCAACCUACGACAAGAAGCAAGCCAACAUGGCUACGAGCCACGUGUCACACGGUGGCUUAAUGUUGCCAGUGCUGACCAACACUACCGACAUCGGGCCCAAUGUGAAGCUCCAGAUGCUCGCCAAGCCCAAAGCUAAGGAGGUGCCCAUCCAUGAGCAGGCCGUCAAGAAACAGAAGAAAGCUUGA